AUGGGAGAGCAGGGCUGUCUGAAGGAAGAUGCGAAGGUGCCUGGCAUGCAGCAGGCAAAAAGCCACUGGCAAAAGAUCCGCACCAUGGUGAACCUGCCGGUCAUCAGCCCGUUCAAGAAGCGCUACUCGUGGGUGCAGCUGGCAGGCCACACAGGGAGCUUCAAGGCGGCGGGCACCAGCGGGCUCAUCCUGAAGCGCAGCUCGGAGCCCGAGCGCUACUGCCUGGCGCGGCUGAUGGCGGACGCGCUGCGGGGCUGCGUGCCCGCCUUCCACGGCGAGGUGGAGCGCGACGGCGAGAGCUACCUGCAGCUGCAGGACCUGCUGGACGGCUUCGACGGGCCCUGCGUGCUGGACUGCAAGAUGGGCGUCAGGACUUACCUGGAGGAGGAGCUGACCAAAGCCCGCGAGCGGCCCAAGCUGCGCAAGGACAUGUACAAGAAGAUGCUGGCGGUGGACCCCGAGGCGCCCACCGAGGAGGAGCACGCGCAGCGCGCCGUCACCAAGCCGCGCUACAUGCAGUGGCGGGAAGGCAUCAGCUCCAGCACCACGCUGGGCUUCCGCAUCGAGGGCAUCAAGAAAGCCGACGGCUCUUGCAGCACCGACUUCAAGACUACCCGAAGUCGGGAGCAGGUGACCCGCGUCUUUGAGGAGUUCGUGCAAGGGGACACAGAAGUAUUGAGGAGGUAUCUGAACCGCCUGCAGCAGAUCCGGGACACCCUGGAGGUCUCCGAGUUCUUCAGGAGACAUGAGGUAAUUGGGAGCUCCCUCCUCUUCGUGCAUGAUCAUUGCCAUCGUGCUGGUGUGUGGCUCAUCGACUUUGGCAAGACCACACCCCUCCCUGAUGGCCAGAUCCUGGACCACCGAAGACCCUGGGAAGAGGGCAACCGUGAAGAUGGCUAUUUGCUGGGGCUGGACAAUCUAAUUGGCAUCCUGGCCAGCCUGGCUGAGAGAUGAGACUGGGUCCUCAUCCCCACUUGGGCUGGCUGCCGGACAGACGUGUGGACCUAGGGUCGUGCCCCCUCUGUGCAUGCCGGCAGGAGACUGGAAUCCCGCUGGGCGGGCAUUCACCCAGCCCUGCAGGACUAGGUGUCAGUCACUAAGGGGCUGCACUGCCAGUACUGGCAUUUGGCCUCCAAAGAAGCCUCAGGUUCCCAGAGCUGAACGGCACUCCAGUUACAGCAAGGGAAGGGAGCCCAGGCUUUUCCUCAGCCCAGCUCUUCUGAGGCUGCUCUCUACGCAGCUCUCCAGAGCAGCCAGAAAAAAGAUUAUUUCAUAGGUAUAGACCUAUUGGUCUAACUUCCUACACUACA